GUCGGUUGGCGGGCUGGUUAAGUACAAAGUGCAGGCGCCUAGACUGCAGUCUUGCAGUUUCAGGGAGAGGUCAUGGCGCGCUCCUUCUCUUCCAUCGCGGCUGUGUCCCAGAAUAUGGGCAUUGGGAAGAACGGGCAGCUUCCUUGGCCCCCGCUCAAGAAUGAGUUUGGAUACUUUCAGAAAAUGACCAAAACUUCUACACAGAAAGGAAAACAAAACGUAGUGAUAAUGGGUAAGAGGACUUGGUUCUCCAUUCCUGAAAAAAACCGCCCUUUAAAAGACAGAAUUAAUAUAGUGCUCAGCAAACAACUGAAGGAAACACCCAAAGGAGCUCAUUUUCUGGCCAGAACUCUAGAUGAGGCACUAGAUCUUCUGGAAUCACCAGAGUUGGCAACACAGAUAGACAUGGUGUGGAUAAUUGGAGGAAGUUCGGUUUACAAGGCAGCAUUGGAAAAGCCAGUUCCUCAGCUGCUGUUCUUGACGAGGAUCUUCCAGUACUUUGAAAGUGAUAUAUUUUUUCCAGAAAUUGAUUUAACACAGUUCAAGCUUCUACCAGGAUACCCAAGUGUGCCUACUGGUAUUCAGGAAGAGAAUGGCAUUCAGUACAAGUUUGAAGUGUAUGAAAAGAAAAUCUGUGAAAACGUAUGAAGUUUCUUAACUCAUAAUAGGAUUCUGCAGUGCAUUUUAUAGCAUGGUCACAGUUUCACAAAAAUAAGCCCUUCUGAAAUAAAGCAGACUUGCUUCUUAACAUGUGCUGUAAAACAUGUUCUUUCUCAAGCACACUGACAUUCUCUAGCACUUUCCAUCCCCUUCCUCCUUCUAGACUAGUGUUAAAUACUCUUGGUGGUGAUGCUUCAUUACUGUAAGUGCAGUGCAAUGGGACAUUGUUUGGACAUGGCUAUGUUGAGAUGAGUUUUGAACAUGUGAGCUUUCCAUACUUCUAGUGAAAAAUACAUUCCAUUAUAACUGA